AUGGCCAACGCAAAGACGAGGGCAUCGCAUCGUUCCUCGUCACCUGGCUCUCCCCCGACCAGUGACCCUCCCUUCGUGCCAUCGAGUGACACCGAUGAAACCUUCGAAGGAGGAAACCAAGCUGAACCCCACGAGAGCGACGGCAGCGACGAAGAAGGAUCUGAGGCGAGUGACGGGGCGCCCGAGGCUCCCAGCUCGGAUGCAUUCGUUCAAGACGCAGCAUACUCGCCCUUCCUCGUCCAGUAUGUUGCCGAACGCCUCAAGGACCAGCGAGCCUGCCAAUGCGGCGCCUCAAGGACCUUUCAGGUGACUUGUGGCAACGCUGACCAGGCGGAGCAUCUUCAACGAGCGCUCCACUCUCCAGAGCUCGCUGCACGGGUGGAUGCCAAGGCGCUGCUCCCGGGGUAUUUGCACUCGCUGUCGGUGGAGCAAUUCAUGGACUCAAAGCACGUCAAGAACCCUCGAACGGGUGACCCCCCUCGAGGUGCGUUCUUGAAGCUCGGGAGGUACCCCUUCGAGGUCCUCCCGGAAGGAGGCGCUCAGGCCGAGGAGCUGCCCCUCGAUCCAAACUGGCUGGGGAAGUGGCUCGGGGACGGCCUUCACAACGGCCCCACCAUAUUCUCCACAGAGUUGGAGGAGGCUCCUGCCAAGCAUGGUCUCGAACUAAUCACACUGCUUGGAGCUUCUACACUGGAAGCUCCUUCCGCAAGGACGCCUAAUCUUGGGCUCGUCUACGAUAAUCAUGGGGACUUCUACGACGAACUAACGAUAGGCAACCAUGGGUCCUUCUACGACAACUAA